CCAUAUUUGCUUAGAGAUGAUCUUCUGGUGGAAAGGGAAGCCGAGUUGGUGAUAGAGCCUGGGGUGGAGUUGAAAUUCUCACCCAUGGUUGGAAUUACCGUUCGAGGGAAAUUGGUCGCUGUGGGUAAUCAUGAUAGUAAAAUAACAUUUACGAGUACAGAAGAACCAGUGAAGUCAUCACAAUUACCUGCAAUCAGACUGGUUGAUGGUCCUUCUAUCCUCGCUGGCAGGGUGCAAAUACUGCACAAGGGCCAGUGGAGAUCAGUAUGCACGAAUUCUAGAAAUUGGACUAUCAACGUUAUGGAGACUGCGUGCAGGCAAUUAGGUUUCAUGGGCGGAACGUUUUACAACUGGAUGGACAGGCAGCCGGGUCGGCGUGCCCGCCUCUUAUACGAGGAGCCCAAGUGUAAAGGAACCGAGUACGAUAUAUUCCAAUGCGACUGGAAUUCCAGACAGCUCGGCUCCGGCGUCUGUGAUUAUCACCCGGACCUCGGCAUUCAAUGUUUACCCCACCAUGAUGAUAAUGAAAUUAGAAACUUCGGACAGCAUUGGAGAGGAUUGAGAUUUGAAAAUGCAGUCUUUGAAAGGAUACUGACAGCUGCGAAUACACUAUACAUCCCUACCUCUAUGUCUGUACUGAAACAUGUAGUUAUAAGAAAUGCUGGAUUAGGUCGAGAUAAUAAUGCUACUAGUGCCUUAGAUGUAAUAGGUGUGCCUCCUGUCAUGGAAGACAUUAAAAUAACAAAUUCCGCCUUCAACGCUAUUAACGUAACUUCUUCAAACGCCCCAAUAGUCAUAAACAAUUGCACUAUACAAAAUAAUAGAGGAUAUGGUGUAUACGUUAAUUCCACGUAUGGAAUGGCCAGAAUUGAAAACUGUUUGAUUUCUGAAAAUGGCGGUGAUGGUGUCAAAUACGUCGUUCAUGAACUUGCUAUUAAUGAAAAGUUCGAUCGUAGUGAAAUAUUUGACCUUUGUACUCUAGCGUCAACACCUAGUCAAACAUUUCCGAUACAAAUGUCAAUAGAACAAUCUAGAUACUCGAAUAUGGAAAGAGAUUGCCAUCAAAAAUUCUAUACGAGGCCAGAUCACGUGCUUACAUUGAGUUUUUUGAAGCUUUUAACGAAUACUAAUAACACAGGAGAAAUAUUCAUUUACGAUGGUUUGACCUCAGACGAUAAACUACUGCUAUCGUUCGGCAUACGAAACCAUACACGUCCUCAAAGUGUUACAUCUACUAGAAAUCGUAUGUAUGUGAGAUUCCAUGCAAACACACGAACAGAUAUUAUUGGUUUCUUACGAUUAACAUCUGGAUUGAGUAAAACGUACGAUUUGAACGUUACGGAUACAAUUAUAUCAGAUAAUAAUGGCAGAGGCGUUGUUAUUGAAAACUUAAGAUCUCAAAUUCAUAUCCAUCGAACAUCAAUAUCGAAUAACAAUCACGUUGCGGGACUUCAAGUUUUAAAUGGUGCAGGAGAUGUUAACAUAACAGAGAGUAGAAUAUCUUUCAAUCAAGGCGAUGGCAUAAACAUUACUGUCACUGGAGGGAACAGAAAUAUAUCUAGAAGCACUGUGAGUUCAAAUAGCGGAUAUGGCAUUGCUGUAUGGAUAAAUAAUACCAGAGAAACAGAAUACAUACCUGUAAAUCAAACGACUGUGGUAGAAUAUUCAGAAGUUUUUAAAAACUUAGAUGUGGGAAUAUUACAUGGAAACUUUUGUGGUGAUAGUUGGGUUAAUUUGACUGGAAAUUGGUUCAAUUCAAGUGUCGAAAGCACAGUUGAUAUAGCAUCCUGUUGGAGAUUUAACGAUCCUCCAAAAUUGCUCAAUUUGCAAAUAGGUCAUAAUAAAUUUUAUCAAAAUCGUCGGGUGCCAAUAAGAUUACAGCCAGCUUUAAAUGUUCUGGGAAAAAUUGAAUACAAUUAUUUUGAACAUGGUGAUUAUGGUGCUAUUGUAAUAAUGAAUCGCAUAGAGGGCAAAUAUUUGGAAGAAUUUGAAAUACUUCCUUCAAGAUUUCAUAUUCAACACAACUAUUUCUAUGGCAAUAGAGGUCCCUUUGUUGUUAACCUAGGUCUAUCACCAUAUAGUGACUUACAGUACAUUCUUUUCUCGAGAAACUAUCUAAGAGAUAACAAAAUAAGAGAACCUUUUGAACCUUUGGAAGGAAUACCAUCCCGUCUAACUCCUAGAAGCAGAGUAGCAGCAACAAUUGUUUUGGCAUCAAGCAAUAUAGAUGUAUUUAGAAAUAUAAUUAAUAACCCGGAAGCACAAUAUGAAAUCGGAUCUCACGUCGAAGACCAAAGUAAAAUCCUAAACUGUACAUACAACUGGCUUGGUUUUGGAGAAGAAGAAAAGGUUUACAAUAGACUGUUUCAUAGAAAAGAUCGCUACAACUUGGCUAGAAUAAUUUACAUGCCUUAUCUCCUCCAUAGUAGUAAUCCUGGCGCGACACAAAUUAAUUACAACUCAUUAUUCGUUCCACAAUUUAAUAUACCAGGCUCUUUUGUUGUAGGAGGUGAAGUAGAAGGCAUAGAGAUUUUAAGACAAGGCGAAUAUGAUGUUGACAAGGAUAUAAAUAUUCGGCCUGGAGGUAAACUAGUUUUACAGUCAGGUGUAACAUUAAAGUUUCCACCAUCCAUAGGAAUGAUGAUUGCAGGCAAACUUGACGCGAGAGGAAAACGUCCUAAUGAUAUCACUUUCACGUUAAAAGAGGAUGUUAUCAUGAGUAACGAUAGUAUUUACGAAACGGAUACUGAAAUAGAGCCAACUACUCCAGGUUAUGUGGAACCAGUUAUACCAAUAAGACUUCUAGGAGGACGAACACAAUACGAAGGAAGAUUACAAGUAAGGCUGGAUGACAAAUGGGGAACAGUUUGUAAUUAUGGUUGGAAUAUUAUAAAUGCUGCUUUAGUUUGCAAUCAACUAGGACUAGCUCUAAAUCCAAGUGAUUGGUUUUUAGAGCCUAAUGAAAUUCCGAAUGCUGGGACAACUGAAGACAUUAUUCUAUCUAAUGUUGAAUGCACAGAAUUCGAUAACGAUAUAACUAAAUGUAAAGCGGAGACUGUUGAACAUUUUGAAAAUUCUUGCACACAUGAAAAUGACGUUGGACUCCGAUGCUACGAAACAAGCUGGGCUGGCCUAAGAUUCAGUGUUCUCGCUGAGCGGUCUGACAUGCAAUACUUAAACAUUGAAAAAGCUGGUCUUUUAGAUUAUUCUUCAAAUAUUUUCAAACCAGCACUACAAAUUGAUUUUUCUCGACAUGGGUUAGAAAGUGUAAAAGUAUCAAAUAAUUACCAUGAUGGUUUGGGCAUUUUAUACUCUGAUUUAUAUGGGGCUGAUGCUAUAAAUACUAUAAGAAACUCAGAAUUUAGUAACAAUAAAGGAAGCGGUAUAAGUUUUAAGCAAUUAGGACUCAAAAUACACAGUACGAUAAUAGAAAACAACGAAAUAGCGGGAAUUUCACAUAAUCCACACCUAACGGGACUUCAGCAGAGAGAAUUAGCAGGAUGGUUUAAUUUAGACCCAGGUUUGAAUGUUGAUGAACUGAAUUAUAGACCGAUAAUGAUUCCGGAUUAUGAGACAGAUAUAAGUUUAGUUAAUGGUGAAACGCGGCAUUUAGUAUUCAACAAACAUUAUGGCGAAAAUAUUAUCAAAACCUACAAUAUUCGAUGCAACCCAGGUUAUGUUCUUGGAUUACAACUUUUAAAUCCUAUUCACAACUUUUCAACGGAGAGUAUUUGUAUUUACGAUUCACAGAACAUUAACGAAGGAAGUGCUAAAUGGUGUCUAGAUCGAGAUUUAUCAACUUUCCCUACUACGAGUAGUAGUUUUGGAAUUGUCUUAAAUUAUGAGAGUGGACGAACUGCUUUAGGAGGUGUUGUUUUAGUUGUAAGCACAAUCACUGCCCCAGUACAAAACAUAAGAAAUCGGAUUGUUAAAGGCCCAGUGCCGACACUGCAAAUAGUUAAUUCUAAAAUCAAAGGAAAUACAAAAGGUGUCAAAGCACUUUACUAUAACCGCUACUUAAACGAAUUAGGAGAUCACUUUUUACGAAAAGCUAAUGAGACAAUAAAACUAUUUAACUGUGAAAUAGCUCACAACAAAGAAGAAGCUAUUUUCGUUAAUACUCCGUACUGGGAUAUCCAUGACAGCAAUAUUACUGAAAUUACUAUAAUGGUAAACAAUAGUUUGAUUACAGACAACGGCAAAGGAAUAUAUCAUUUUGCUAGAGAUUUAAGAAGCUCAAAUAAUCUUUACCAUUACGUACUCCAAGAUAAUACAAUUGAAAGAAAUAAAUAUGGAGGCUUUGAUGUUGCUCUACCUUAUGUAUGGCAAUACAACGAGAAUUUUACCCAUUCUAUUUUUAUGUACAACAACACCUGGAGGAAUAAUCAAAACUUUGGAUUGGUAAUCGACGGUCAUUUUGCUGAAGUUAACAUUACUAAAAAUGUUUUUACGGACAACAUUUGUAAAAACGGUUUGAUAACCGUAAGAGGCAUGGAAAAGAAAAUGAAGAUCGAUGGGAAUUCUGUCCAAAGAAAUAAUGGCCAGUACAUGGUCCAGUUUUACAUGGACAGUCAGAGUGAAAUAAUGGGAUUUGUAUAUGCGGUGUUUGUUUACAAUCAAAUCAAAAAUAAUUAUUAUUCGUCUACCGUCAGCAGAGGCGCAUUAUAUGAAACUCUAAAUCCAACAUACGUAAUAGGCUUUAAAGGAAUACAGAAAGUAAAAGUUAGUAGGAAUCUGUUUGGGAAUAACGCCCUACAAUAUACUUUGGUAGCGGGCAUCAAAACUGCUAAAAUCGACAAUUUACUAGAUGUAACUGAGAAUUGGUGGGGAAGCGCUGAUGAGAAAGAGAUUAAAAAACAGAUUUUCGAUUUUGAUGAUUGGAAUAAUCAUGCGAUUGCUACCUAUCUUCCAUAUUUACUUGAGGAUAGCCUCGAUGCAAGCGUGUCUAUAACUUUUUCUACAGAAAAUUCGAUCGAUUUGCUCGGUGGGCGACUAAAUGCUGAUCUAACAUUGAAUCCACGACCAGAACCUUACAUAGUAAAAUCCGAUAUCACAGUAAUGCCGGAAGUGACAUUAACUAUAAACCCAGGGGUAACUUUAGAGUUUGCACCGAAUGUAGGUAUACUAGUAAUGGGAACCUUACGGGCCGUUGGUCUUGCGAGACACCCUAUAUUAAUGAGACCAAUUUCAUUAAAUGAAAACAGCGAAGUAAGCAACAUUAAGAAGAGGGAAGUUGGACAAUAUUCUUCAAGUCAUCAUAAGCAUAGAAGGCAAUUGGAGAAUUUGAUGGUACAAAAAUCUAUUAGAUUAUGCACAGGAAGAAAUUGCUCUAUAAAUGAUAUUAAUAUCGGAAACACAAACGAAGGUUUCUUAGAGUACUACAACAAGACUACAUUGCAAUGGGUACCGAUGUGUGAUAACCGUUUUACAGAAAGAAACGCGCAAGUCGUUUGUCGAGAGUUAGGAUUCGAUCCUAUUAACGUUUUCUUUGCUCACGAUCGCAGAGUUGAAUAUCACAGCAGCUCUUUAUCCAGAAUUUGGUCUUGGCCUGAGCCUUUACAAUGCGUCGGAACUGAAUAUCGGUACGAGGAUUGUCCUAUCAGAUUGAACGGUCAAUUAUACGGACAUAGGCAUGAAUGCAAAUGGGAUUCAGACUUCGUGUUCAUACACUGCGGUGAAAGAAAUUUAGAAGAAGGUCUCGAUUACUGGGGUGGUAUACGUUUUACUUACCCAGAAUUUGAGUACUCACUCUAUGAACAUAGAAUUCACGACCAUCAUACUCACGAAACUCUGAAAAAAGUGGAGAGUGUCUUAGAAAAUGUGCAUAUAAUGGGGGCUGGUAUUUUACACAAUGAAAAGUCUCCAGCUGUUCAAAGUAUAACAAAAAAUCCAAGCAUCCAAAAUAUAAACAUUACUCGAUGUGCACAUCAUGGAAUCAACAUCAUAUCGCCUACGGACACUAUAAACUUAAUGUCUAAUUCGAUAAACGAUAUUCUAGGUGAAGGAAUAAGUGCCAUAUCAUUAACUGGUGAAGGUAGAGAAUCGGAAGAAUCUAGUUUUACGCCUUUAAAAGACUUGAAUCUUCCUUACCAUCUGUUUUCUGUCAUUGAUAUUUGCGACAGCACUAAAGUAAUUACGGUUGAAGAACGCGUGCUUCUAUAUUACAAAUACGAUAACAAUCCAGUAAAUUGUGUCAAGAUCUUCAAGAGCAUGUUUAGAGUGAAACCAUUUGGUUUUCGCUUGCUCCAGUUUAACUUAUUCAACCAUACAUUAAACUAUGGAAAACGUGAUUCUCUCAGUUUGUAUGAUGGUGAUAUUUACAAUAUCACAGCUCCUCUCAUUGGAUAUUUGGAAAAUGGAUCUCCUGAAGAAAAGAAGCUUUUUAGAACAGAAGGGGCGAGUUUGAGUGUGAAAUUGUUUGCAAAUGGCGCUUCUUCAGUACAUGGAUUUAUUGCAGAAGUCGUAACUCUACCUAUAUCAGCUAUAGGACUCAACCGUGACGUCCAACACAAUAUAUCGAACAGUGAGUUUAUAAAGAAUAGAGAUGGCGCAAUCACGUACCAAUCAGUCGGCGAAGUCAAUCCGUUAGUAGCGAUGACAAGGAACGAGAUAACUGACAAUUGCCUCAAGUUGUACGGUAACUUCACCACCUGCCCAGCCGCUGUCACAGUUGAUGUGCAGAAUACACAGACGUUGGUAUUCAGAAACAACUUGGUGAGGAAGAACGUGGGAGGUCUGCUAGUACGCGCAGAUUCCAGAGGCUCUGCGACAUCUCUACGCGGCUGGAUUCAUAAUAACUUGUUCUAUGAGAACCACGAUCUUUCUUGUCUUAGAGUUGAAGGACGUCAAUCCUCCCCCUACCAAGAGGUGACCAUCUAUCGUAACUAUUUCACUCGUAACCGUGCUCAAUACAAAGACGUGAUAGUGCUACAUCAGGUUGUCUCCAAUUUCACUCAUAACUACGUGCAUGAGAACACGGGACAGAGAAUCUUAGACGUGUCCGGCUUCGAUAAAGUUCGCCUGCCGAUCUACCAGACUACUUCGCAUAAUGGAUUUUACAAAAAUUACGCACUCGACCGACAAGGACGCGCUACCGUGGUCGCCGGCACUGCAGGACAACACUACGUAGACAAUGUCUUCUUCAAUCCCGACAAUGAUUAUGAAAUGAUUACUGUUAACCGUUCUAUUGCACUAGAGCUAUGGAGGACUCGUAUCGACGCGAAGCAUAAUUACUGGAGUUACAACGAGAGCUUGGCUGUCGCUGGACGUAUACGAGAUCGAUCCGACGAUCCACUAUUACUCGAGGUGGACUACCAGCCGUACCACAUGAACAACGUGUCGGUGCUGGGCGGCGGCAAGUGCCCGCCCGGCUGGGACGCGGUGGCCGGCACCUGCUACAUGUACGUCGGCGCGCCCAUGACCUACCAGGAGGCCAGGCAAUUCUGCUCGUCUGACAACGCGUCAAUGCCAUACGUGGGCGAUAACUACGAUGCACUUUACGAGUUCAUCCGACGUCAGAGCCAGUGGUUCCAGUACGGGGACCGCGUGUGGGUUAACCACUACGACUACUUCACGCAAUGCACCUCCUUCGCAUUCUCCACCGUCGAUAUCACUGACUGUAACAGAAAGAAUGCAUUUGUAUGUGAAAUAGAUCCAAAGAUAUCCAUCGACCCGCUGUCGUGGCAAGGAGACACGCUGGCGGUGGCGUUCAUCGGCGUGCUGGUGGCGGCCGUCGUGCUGGUCGGCGCAGCUCUCAUCUGCUGGUACUCCAAGUCGAAACAUAGACAUGUGCAGCGUCUAGAGCGCCGGAAUUCGAUACGUCAGUCGCUGCACUCGGUGCGCUCCAUCGGCAGCAUUAACGGAGGCUUCCCUGAUAACUCAUACAGACGGAAACUCGCACAAAUGAGUACAAGAUCAACCGACACAUUGACAAAGGGCUCGGAUUACCGCAAAAUACUCGCGUCCACCACCUCCAUGGAAUCUAUGGAGAAAAGCCAAUUUAAUUCCUCCAUAGAAGAUAACCAAAGCUUCGAUAUCUACGAGGCGCAUAACCCUAGCAACAUCAUACAACUCAAACACAGCACAUUCAAUAAAAAACCAACACCAGAGUACUCCGUACCAGAAACCAGACCUUACAACUUGGGGUACCGGAACGAAGGGUACAAAGAAAAUCCCGGUAUCAUAGAAACCCCUAUUGGUACAACAGAAGAGUUACCCAUAAUCCAUCAUCCAGGGGGACUUACAUCACCUGAUGAUGAAACUCUGUCACCGGAUACUCAAUAUUUCACAUCAGAUACGUUACCAUUAAGGCCGUUAAACACAGAUCCUUUAGCGUUAAAACGGGAGUUAGAAAAGGAGGGGAAGAUAUACGGUCCGUACGGGACACCCGACUAUGGUGCACAGCCAAAGCUAUCUUUUCUAAUGGAGUUAAGGUCUAAAAUGCCGGAGCCACCUCAGCCCGGCGCUGUACCGACUACUACGUUUGGACAGAGAACUGACACGCCAGACCAACAGCAAUUCUUCGACGAUACAAUCACAUCUACGCCGCAACCACAAUACUACGACUCGCAGUCAGAAGCCCUCGCGAGUUACGACUCGAGCCCGAACUCAUCCAACACGUACCCAGAGUUACAUUCCCGCUCAAAAUCAGAAGCAUUACUCGAAACAAACUUCGACUUCGACGAAACGACGCCGACGAUCACCGAAGAUAGCCGAUCUUACAGCCAACCAUUGGAAACUGCCAUGUAAUAAACUAAAAUAAUACAAAUGAUAAAGUGCAAUUAACGUCACCAAGAUGCUUUACUCAAAUUACCGUAGAAUUAAUAUUUGGUUAAAAUAAUUGUACGAGAAAUCGCUUCAUUAUCAAAAUUGAUUUUGUAUGUCAAUUGUCAAAUAUGCCGCGAAAACUUCUGCGAUGAUCAAUGUUGCAAUUUAAUUAUUUUCUCCAAGAAUUAUGGGAAAAUUUGAAAUUUAAAUUGACGAUGAUUAGACAAUUUUGAUAAUCAUUUUCAGUGAAUGUAGAAGUGUUCUUAAAUAUUCUUCAUUUAUUAUUACUAGUUACUAAUUAAGUAUCUUGAAGGGAUAAUUGUUGGGGUGGUAGAAAUCAACGUGGAAGAAGCAAAUAAAAGACUGACAAUAUUUUUCACGUAAAUGUUCUAUUGCAUUUAUAUAUUUAGCUUCGUUUAGUGUUCAUUCCACGCUUUCGUUUUAUUAUAAUGUAAUUAAUAAAUAUUACUAAAUGAAUACAAAUAAGUUGCCUUUGAAAAUUUAUAUAUCAGUUUAAAUUCAAAUCUUGCUUCUGCAAACAAUUGCAACACAGUAAAAUUAAACUAUGUAUUUUAUUCACAAAUUAAGCAAGAUCUCAUUUAAGUAAAAUAAUUAAUCUUUAAGAAAUACAAUUAUUCAUUGUAAAAUGAUUUGUUUUCCAAACUUGGAGUAUAUUUGCUUGUUAAAAAACAAGUUACUAACGUAUCAAUAACACUUAGGUGGAUAUUUAAUUAGAUAUGCAGAUUAAGCUAAAUCAUUUUUAUAACUUUUAGAAGUGUAGUACUAAGUCCAUGUAAUGUGUCCGUCCCUAGGUUAAAUUAAAAUAAACAAAGAAAUAUUUUAAUAUACAUUAUUUUCUCAUGUAUAGUUUUCUUUUAUAUUUGUGUUUAAUGCCACUUUUAUUUUUAAAUAAAUUACAUCACAUGCAUUUUAGCAUUUAAAAAAGGUCUAUUUAUAAAUAUUAUGAAAAUUUUGUUUAUGCUUUAAUUGUUACAUUGUACAAACGUAGAAAACAAAAUAA